AGAUUUGGUUGUCAAUUAUUUAUUAACUUGGAUAAAAUACAUAAAUCAAAAAUCAUAUUUAAACAAACAAAAAGAAAAGAUGAAUUCAAUUCCAACUCGUGAUAAAUGAACAAAACUGCAUUUGAUUCUGGGACAUGAAGGCAAUUGUUCAGAGUAAAAAUGUUAUCUAUUACAUGAAACAAUUCUUUCUGCUUCACAUUUUUAUACAUUUCAUUACUAUAUCAUCAAGUAUACAUGGACGAAUACCAAGGCUUCAGGUGUAUUCAACAGAGUUUAGUAUUGAUGAAAAUUGUAAAAUCGGCACAGAAAUUGGUACAAUAAAUUCAAUCGUACUACCGAACUCUAUGUCUUCAUCAAUAACACAUUCGUCUUCAAAUGAAUUUGGACAAAUUAUAGCGUUAAACUACAAACUGGGUUCACCUUCAACAUUGUUUAGUGUGGAUGAACGUAAAGGUAUAUUGGUUACUAAAGCUGAUAUAGAUGCAGAAGCGUUAUGCUCCUACGUGACGACCCUCAGUCCUGAUCAUACAAAUAACAAUGAUGAAGCAGAUUUGAUGUUGGAACCUGGUAAAUCUAAGAAUAAUCGUAGUAAAACUAUACCAGUAGUGGAUCAGAUCAAAUGUAAUAGCUCUGGUGAUUUAACAGUACAUUUUGAUGUUAAUGCUGUACAAAUUGAUGGAAGUCUUCGAGCAGUUCAUCAUAUCAUUGUUCGUAUACAUGAUCUUAAUGACAAUGGACCAAAGUUUGAUCAAAUUAGAUGGCAUAAACGUUUAAAAGAGGCACUUUAUCGAGCCGGUAGGAGAAUUGAUCUACCAAAAGCUAGAGAUAUUGAUAUACUUGCUGAACAUAGUAGAAUAAAUUAUCGACUUGAAUCAUGGCAUAAUGAUGGAUCCAGUUCAAUUAUUCCUUUCAAAAGUCCUUUUAAACUGGAAGUAAGUAAUUCAGGUCAACCUGGCUUAAUAUUGACUGAAGAUUUGGAUGCAGAAAUGGAAACGAGACAUAGGUUUGUCUUAGUUGCUUACAGUCCGAAUGUUAUUGAUUCAAAGAACGCAUGGAAUGGUCAAGCAAUCUCACGUGAAUCUCGUCUGGAAAUUGAUAUCGAAGUAGCAGAUAUGAAUGAUAACGAACCCAGAUUCUCAUUUACUGUAUAUAAUAUCAGUGUAGCUGAAAAUACAUCAGUUGGGACUGUCAUUUAUGAACUUGUGGCUCAUGAUCCAGAUAGUACAUCUAAACUUACAUAUACAAUGGCUUCUUCAUUAGAAUAUCAAGUGAUGUCAAGUACAUUUCAUAUUGAAGCUGAUGGACAUGUUAGACUACAUAGUAGUUUAGAUUAUGAAUUACGUCAUAUUUAUUCAAUUCCAGUUGAAGUUACUGAUGGAGAAUUCUCUGCUCGUACUACAUUGAAUGUUCAAGUAUUAGAUGUUAAUGAUGAACCACCAGCAUUUGAAUUAAAUCCUAAACAAUUAAUCGCUGAUGAAAAUUCUCCACCUGGAAAAUUAAUUGGACGAGUGCGAAUACGUGAUCCUGACAGUCCUAGUGUAAAUGGACUUGUAGAAUGUUCAGAGCCACCAGGAUUGAUUCGUCGUCAGGCACUUCAUUUUUUACCUGAUCCAACUGUCAAUCCAAGUGCAGAAGUUUACGAUCUAACUACCAGAAUCAUGCUUGAUAGAGAAGAUCCUGAGAAUCCUAUACCCGGUCACCUAAUCAUAUAUUUAAUUUGUUCAGAUGGUGCUUCAAGCUCUGGUGGAAUGAUAUCACAUAACUCUGAUAGUAAAAUACGUUUGACAUCAACAAUGACAGCAACUUUAUCCAUACGAGACGUAAAUGACCACAAACCAAUUUUUGAAAAUUCCAUUUAUCAUAUGUCCAUUCAAGAAAAUAAUCCUAUUGGUGAAAAAGUAGUACAAAUUAGAGCUCACGAUUCAGACGAAGGAGAAAAUGCUAGAAUCACAUAUUCUCUGUUGGAUAGAGCUAACUUCAAAGUAGAUUCUUUAACAGGUUGGAUUACUCCAAAUGUAAUAUUUGAUCGUGAAAUACGCGAUUCCUAUCAAGUCACAGCGAUUGCAUUGGAUAAUGGAAAACCUCGUUUAUCUUCAUCUGUUUUAAUCAAUAUAACUGUCUUGGAUGUCAACGACCACAGUCCGGUCUUGGCAUCAUAUGAAGCCGAUGAGUCUCUUUUAAAAACCAAUGAUCUACCUAUAGGACGUUUUGGUUUGAAAAACUUAUUUAUUGUGAGAGAAAAUAUGCCGGUCAAUACAUAUAUGGGUAACAUACUGGCAUCUGAUAAAGAUGAAGGAUUAAAUGCUGAAUUGAGAUUCACGUUAAUUCCAGAUCCAGUAUACCGCUUACACGAAAGGUUCAGACUUUUGCCUAAUGGUUCACUGUACACAAAUGUUGAGUUGGAUAGAGAAGAGAAGGAUCAUUAUCGCCUUACAGUCGUUGUGAGUGACCAGUCACCAGAUGAACCAUUAACAACAACUGGAACUAUUGGUAUCAUUGUUCUGGACUUAAAUGAUAACCAACCCCAGUUUUUGAGUCCACAUGGACUUUUAAUUCCGAAUAACACACAACUCAGUGGAUUCAAACGACAUAUGAAUAAGGGCAUCGUACUUUAUGACCAACCUUUUGAAGAUAACAAUUAUAAAGUAGUAAAGGGUAAUCAAAAGCGUAGUGACCAAGAAUAUCAAAGUGAAUCAAGUCCGCCUACAGAUACAAAUACACAGUCUACGGCUCCUGAGCCAGUAGUUCGCCUAUCUGUUUACGAAAAACCUGAUCAAGUGAUAAGUAAACUGUAUGCUGAAGAUCCAGAUGCUGGAGACAAUGGGGCUGUAUUUUACUUGCUUGAAGAAUUUUAUGAUUUAUCAGUGGAUAAGAUCAGACCAAAUCCUCUCAUUAGAGUGCAGCCAGAGACUGGCGAAUUAAUAUUAAUACGUCAUAUGGCACCAAUUGAUUUGGGGUAUCACUUCUUUAAAGUGACCGCAUCUGACCGCGGGCAUCCUCAAAUGAAAAUAGAUCAAAAGAUUCUUCCGUUACUUGUUGAAGACAAGCCUGCGUCAGGAGGCUUGGGACAAAGUUCAUUAUCAUCUAGUUACUAUGUGAGCAACAUAACUGGACUUGGACUCGAUGAAUGGGGUCCAAGCGGUGGCAAAAACAUUCUAAUUAUUACUGCGUUAUCCAUCGUUUCAGGAAUUCUAGCAGCUAUACUAAUUUCGGCUGUUUUUUGUGUUACCAAACCAUGCUCACGAAAUCGUCAUGGAAAUAGAUGCGCAAAUGGAAGACAUGAUAGAUUAAGAAAUAGACCUCCAACGUAUCCAGGAGGUCGAGACUCAAAUAAUGGAAUAAUAGUGGAUGAAAAUGGGUCUUUCAUUAAUGGUACAAUGGAUCAACGAGGUUUUCCAGUUUCUAAUGGUUCUCAUCAUACGACAUUUCAUAGGCCUCCUGGUCCACUUAACGGUGACGUGUGUAUGGACAACUGGUUGCAUCAUGUUAGAGAUAGUCAAGCGAAUUACGGAAAUAUGUCGUUCCCAUUCCAUAGUCCUUCGAAUGAUUCAGAAAACGACAUUUCAAAUGACCAACAUAUUCUCAUAAAUCCCAGGUAUAAUAAUCAAACAGAAAACCAUAUGAAUUAUACACAGAAUGAAACACCGCAAGUUACAUAUGAAAACUUGAGGAAUAGUCAACUUCAUGAUAUUCAUAUCUCACCUGAUUUGGCUUCGGCUAAUCUAUCACUUUCCUCCAGAAAUAAUGACCAAGCUGUUGCUGUACGUGUUCUCAAUCAACAAAUGAGUACUGAUGGAUUUGAUGAAAUUCAAGAUCAAAUAUUUCUACCCCGAUCCAAUAGACUUUCUGGGAUAACAAUUGGUUAUUCUAAUGAUUCAAUGACUUCAACUUCGAACAGUGCCUUGCCUGCAUUUAAUAUAAAACUGGAUCCUGUAAAUGCUUUUUGUGUUACUAGACCGAUACCGGUAGUGUCUAAAAUUAUAUGCAAUUUCAAUGAAGAUCAAAUGGAUUCUCAGAUAACAAAGAACAGUGAGGCUUUACGCGAAGCAAAUCCUAUGAACUCAACACACUUUAAAAUGAAUCUACCUGAUAAUCCUUUGGAUGACAGGUUAAUUAGGCAUCAAGGGAAGAGGUUAGUUACAACAGUACCUAAAUUAGGCACAUUGUACAACUGUAUGACAGUAAGUCACAGAUCAAAUUUAGGUGUUGAACAAAUCAUAUCAUUUGAAGAACAUGCAUCCGAUUCCGGUCGUGGUGGAAGUGAAGAAGAACUAACUGUACAAAAUUGUGAUCCACAUAAGGCAGAAACAAUCAUUUCAAAUAUGAACCCUGAAGAAGGUGUAAGUAUAUGGAAUGAGUCGACUAUUCAAAAUGAUGCAUCACUCAACUCAAACUUAACAGAUAAAUCUGAUGUCAGUUUAAGUAAUCCAUGGUUUGAAACAACCGCCUCACCAAUGGGAUCAGAUUAUCAACGCAAAGAUCCCUUUUGCAUGUCCACAUCAUGAACAGAAUGGAAAAAGACUAUUAAAAACAAGUUAGAAAGGAUUUAGUUUGCUUCAAAAUUUGUAUAAUACGAGAAGAAAUACUUAUUUCAAGACAAAUACUAACUUAUCGGUAAAAACAACACAUUAUGAUAUUAAAAGCAUUCUACAAAAGGAAAAACGAUAAGUUCAAUGUUCGAUUCUGAGAAAUAAAAAUACCUUAUGCUCUUUAUAUAAUCUCUCAGUUAUUCCAUCUUCAUUCUUCUCUAUGCAUUCAUCGUAUUGUUUAAUUUCACAUAUAAUUAAGUGUAAUUCAAUGUCUGCCUCUAUGGUAUUGUAUGAAAAUUGAUUAUAGCUUCUCUCAUGUUUGUAUAUACGCAUAUAUCUGAAUCUGUACAUUUCCUUAAAAAAACCCUAUUGUUUGCUAAUUAUUGAAAUUUUCAUUCACACUGUCUUUAUCUAUAAAUUUGUCACCAGGUUAUGCUGUUUCUAUAUGAUCAAUAAUUUCAUAGUAUACUUUGAUUGAUUGACAAUUAACAUGUAAAUACAUUUACUAGUUAGAGAUACAAUUAAAGUUUACAUUCCUUAGGUUAUUAAUUAAGCAAAAUAAAAAAUUGACACAUUGAACUAUACCUGUUUUAUAAAAAAUAUCUGUGUUUGUAUCUGUCUAUUUAGAAAAUCGCAAAUACUUUCUUUUCUUUUUUAGAUAUUCCGUUUAUUUAAACAUUUCUCUACUAGGAAAUCUAAUUUAAUCUAAAAAUUUUCCUAUUAAUACCCCGAACUCGAGUUGUUUCGUUCCUGGAAACAUUCUAUUCUUAAAAACCCAAGGUAAAAAUUCUGCAGACAACAGAAAGUCUUUGUCUUUUCACUUGUGAAGACAAUGAAGUUAGAUUUCAAUGGGCAGUCAAUGAUAAAUAGUUUAGUAUUAGUAAAUAAAGAGUGCAUUUUAAAGUUUCUUGUACAAAAUAUCUUAUCUUCAUAGACUGAUUAAAAAAGGGUUUCGGUUAAAGCUUUCUAAUUACAUCAAUGCCUAUCGACUAGUAAGCUGUAUUUGAUAGACGUCACAAUGAAAUUAAAUCUAAUAACUUGAGUUAUAUAAUCUAUGCUACUCAUAAGUAGUUCAAAAUUUACGUAAAAUUUCAUGGUAUGCUGAUAGGUCACCCUUAAAUAUAAUGAACCCUAAGAAUAUUCCAUCUAAAAUCUGGUUAAUACAUAUUUAAAGGUAAGAAUAUUCCAUAAACAACGUACUUAGCCCUUCAUUAAUCGACUUGCUGUCAUCAUCACUGAAUACUGUACUGACAAAAUCUAUUCAAGAACCAUUCUCAGUAACCCAUGAAUUGUAAAUAAAC